CAUGCGAUGUAUUGGGCGAGCCGCCUGUGUGGCGGCGUCCCGAUGCGGGGGCUUGUGGUUUCAGCACAGAAUGUCGAGCCAGGGUGAUAGCUUCUGGCGCCUGGGUCAACUAGGAGGCGCUGCCAGCCAACGCUUGAGCCAACUGGGACAGCAGGUGGGACAAGCCAUCAAUGACACCGCCAUGCGACCAUGCGUUGCCUGCGGCCAGCCGUACGUGCGUGCGGGGAUGAUGACAUGUACGGAAUGUCAUCAGCUGGCGUGUCGAAAUUGCUGGGAGGUCGCUUCCUUCCACGGUCCUGCCGCACCGUCGUCUCAGAAGGGCCUCGUUGGAGCAAGGAUUCUUUGCAAGGGAUGUAUGCCUUUGGUGAGGAAGAGAUACUCCGACGAAAAUGUGCAGCUCCGCUUGACACGUACGGAGGCUUUCUUGAUGAGUCAACUGGAACCUUUUACUUAUGAUCCUGAGAGCAAGUUAGAGCAGACCCUUCGGCUGAGCGGGCACGUGAUGCAAGGCAUACUGGAGAUGAUGGACAGUGCCGCUCAAGCCAUCGAAGCUGGCUACUACCUAGUGAGGUACGGUCCUUUGAUUCUGGCAGGGAAUGAUAUUAUGGAAUCUUUUCAGCUGAUCUUGGGUCUCGCGAAGAAAUUGGAGCUGCCAGCCUAUCAUCGACUGGGAUCCCCGGACUUCUUUGGUGGACUUUAUUACAGUAUGGGAGAACAUUGGGGACAGAGAGGACGGGUGCCUGAGAUGGAAACCGCACAGCACACCGUGGAUGGUGAGGUGCCAGAGGUGGAUCGUGGGCAGUUGCUAAUGCUGCGACACCUCACACGACUCUUGCUGGUGUCCAAGGAGAGCACCCCCACAGAUGCGCAACGAUUACUUCGACAGGCCAUGCCAGGGGCUGAAUUGGUAUUGGCCGAAAUGUCCAGCGUCCCUGCCAUUCCAAGCUUCUUCUUAGUCUGUUCGCGAGAAAUGAAAGUGGCGUAUUUGGUCAUGCCCGGCACCCGGAAGCUCUCGGAUUUGGUGACCGACUUCAACGCCACGGAAGAAGCGUGCCACGGCGAACUCACGGAAGUGGAACUACAGACCGAGGUCAAUCGACUAAGAGGCCGAGAAGCUGAACUGACAGCACAGGUCGCUUCUUUUGGUGCGGGUUCGGCUGCUUCAGCUGGACCUGGCAGUGCACUGGCACAGUUGGUGCAGUCACAAAAGGAGCUUGUGGACGCCCUUAGAUCGAAAGAACAAGUCCGGUUGGUCGACAACAAGGGCCUUGGCAAGCCCGACAAGUUUGAUGGGACAGCCGAAAGAUUCUUGUCAUGGAAAAUCAAGACGUCCUCCUAUCUUGCAAGUGUUCGCAAAGACCUUCGUGAGAUUCUGGUUUGGGCCGAAGAUUGCGAUCAUGCAAUCACUGCAGAUGACAUCGACAAGGCUUUUGGGAGUCAAGCAGAUGCCAUUGACCAGGUGUCGAACAUCAGUGAAUUGAGACGCGAGCUUUGGGAUGCGCUGCUAAUGCUGACAGAGCGUGAGCCCUUUGACAUCGUGCUGAACACCGGGGAAUGCGGCAUCGAAAGCUGGAGAAAGCUCACGCGGAGGUACGACCCAUCCACUGGUGGUCGCAAACGCGCUCUCCUCAAUGCAAUCUUGUCACCGGCUCGAUCCAAGAUGGAAGAUUUGCCGUCCAACCUGGAGAAGCUUCUUGACAGCAUCAGACUUUAUGAACGUCGCAAAGACGCAUCUGGCAACCGAACGAUGUUGGCAGAAGACAUCAAGAUCAACGUGAUUGAACGAUUGGUGCCGGCAGAGCUCGAGCGUCAUCUCGUUCUCAAUCGAGAUCGCUUCAAGACGUUCGAGUCCAUGCUGUCCGAGAUCCAGUCCUAUGUGGAACAUGCCACCGGCAACAAGAUCAAGGUGGUGAAUAGCCAGCCCUACGACGCACAUGGCCGUGGGGACGAUCCUAUGGAUGUCGGAAGCUUUGGAAAAGAUGCGAAGGGAAAAGGUAAGGGCAAGAAGGGAGCUGGAGGAAAACCUGGAAAGGGAAAUGCAACAGCUGAGAAGAGAACAUGUCACAACUGCGGACGCCCAGGACAUCUGCGGGCAGAUUGCUGGGCACCUGGAGGCCCCAAACAUAAGGGGACGGGUGGCAAAGGCAACAGCAAUCAGAAUAAGGACAAGGGCAAGGGCAAAGGCAGCCCCGGAAAGCACAAGCAGAAGCCCAAAGGAGGCAAAUCUGUGAACAAUGUCGAACAAGGUGAACCAGAAGCAGAAGACUGGGACGCAGCUGAUGGCGACGAUGGUCAACAAGCAGCAAAUGGUUUAACGCUCUAUGGCGUUGAUGGGCCACCACAUGACGAGGAUGACGACGAAAGUUUCCAGGUCGAUCCCGAGUCCGAGGAGUCGGAAGCCUCGACAAGUCGCAGAAGGUGGUUUUCUUUGCCUCACCCACGUGCGUCAUGGCCUGAAGAGUGGGACGACCCCGACUAUGAUGGACCGAGUGGAUCGAGCACCUCGAACGCCACAGGGAAGACCCAAGAGGGGCAGAAGUCCAAAGAGCUCAACACCAAAGAGAGGCAAAGCAAGCAGAUCAGGGCCAGUCACUCCGGAGUCAGCACUCCGACGCUUUCGAAUGACUUCGAUGACACCACCACCAAGGAGAAGGUUGAGGUGAAGCCACCACCACCUGUCAAGGCAUCAUCGGCAGCCUCGACUUCAGGUUCUCGACUUGUCCAGAUGCUGAAGGCUGCGCUGAGUUCGCAAAUCCGCAAAGCCCAAGAGGAAGAUCCUGGCUCAGGAGAUGGCCAGUCAGAUGCGAUGUUAGCGGCUUUGAGGAACAGAUCUGUCAAGGCACCGCACAUCACAAAGCAGAACAUCAGCGAUCCUUCUUUCCACGACUCGAGAUACCAUGCCGAGAUUGCCAAAGGUGUUGCACACAAUGUGGCCUGGAGAAAUGAACGUUUGAGAAGACGUGCAAUCGUCCACCGACGAGGAGGAGUCAAGGCACGUGCGGCUGAAAGGAUUCGACUUGACAAAGAAUGGCAUGAACGCUUUGACAACCCAGAAAAUCCAGAAGGCAUAGUGAGAAUCGAGGAUGAAGACAACUUGGAUGCGGGCAUCGAGACGGUGGUUGUGGGCAAAGCUGGUCAGAGCACAGUGAUAGAGUUUUCAAUGGAAGAGCGGAAAACUUUGAGGCAGUUCCCGGACGACGAGGCCAAGUUGCUGCGGAAGGAUCCCAAGAAGAAACCCAUGACCAAGCGUGUUCGAAGCGUUGGGUACAGGGUGAAGAAGAAUCGCAACCGCAAUGUGGCGCGCAAGAUGGCGAGGAAGAACCGACCAGCCUUGGUUCUGAAGGAAAACACUGAAGUGGAUGCAGAUGAAGAUGAUGAUGAAAUGGAAGAAGUCUACAUCGAAGAGCCCGAUGAGCCUCGAGACCGACCAGGCAGAGGAGACCCCGAUGGUGGAGCUGGAUCGGCUCCUGCUGCAGUCUACAGCUUGGGGGCCUCUGACGACUGGCGAAAAUGGGAACGAGCAGAGUUGAACAUCGACACCGGUGCUGCCAUCACUGCAGUACCACUUGACUUCGCCAAGGACUACCCGAGGAGCGAGUCCAAUGGAGCAAGCUACAAGGCAGCCAAUGCGGAACCCAUCGAAGAUCAGGGAAGUGUGAAGCUGGUGGGAUACGACGAAUCUGGCAACAAGAUCCCAAUCGAUUGCCGAGUUGCAGAUGUGCAUCGGCCACUUCUUUCAGGUUCCGAGAUCGCCAAGAACUACCACAUCGCCCUUGGACCAUCUUCGGGGAGAUUGAUCCCAAGAAACACUCCUGCGGGACGGGCCUAUUCGAAGGCCAUGAAAGAUCUGAUCCGAGAUUAUGGCGAUUCAAUGCCCAUUGUGCACAAUCGCCGAGGAGUAAGACCACAAAUCAACGCUGUUGGUGAGGAUCCAGCUGUUUCAGCCGGAGCCGAUGCCAUGGAAGAUGGAGGCGAUGUUUCAGCCGCUUCGGCCGGAGCAGGGUCCUCAGGCGAUGUUCCAGCUGCUUCAGCCGGAGCAGAUGCCUUUGAAGAUGAAGUUGAUUUGGAAAUCGGUGAAGAACAGAGGAAAGCCAUUGUGAAGAAAGAACCACAUCAACCAUCCCAAGCUGAAGUUGACGAACAUGAAAGCACUGGACAUGUUGUCCAUCGGAGCUGGUGCUUGCACUGCAAAAGGGCACGUGUGACUGCUGAUCGCCAUGUGCCUAAGGAACUUGAUGAGCCAGAAACGCAGUUGCCCACACUGAGCCUGGACUACUUCUAUAUGAACCAGGACCAGGUUGCGGAUGAGGCGACCCUUCCGAGCAUUGUGGUGAAGUGCCACAAGACCAAGAGAUUUUGGGCGAGCGUUCUCCCGGGAAAAGGGGCGGAUGCGUUCGCAAUCGCGUGGCUUGGGGGAGUUUUGGAUGAUGCUGGUUUUAAUAAGGUAAUCCUUAAGUCUGACGGUGAACCCUCCUUGGUAUCCCUUAAACAGAAGGUUAAGGAGAUAAAGACCCACAUCGAAGUGCACUUGGUGGAAACCCCAGUAGAAGACCAUCAAGCCAAUGGGUUUAUCGAAGUGGGAGUGCGAGAGAUAAAACGACAAUGUCGUGCUCUCCUCAGCGACCUGGAGUUCAAGCUGGAAAGGAAGGUAGAUCCGGGCCAUCCACUUUUGGUUUGGCUCCCGCGGCAUGCUGCCUUUCUCUUGACGAGAUACCGAGUAGGUACUGAUGGAAAGACCGCUUUUGAGCGGACCUAUGGACGAAAAUGGCGGAUUCCGCUUGUGAGGGUAUCCAUUGGGAUGUACGUUGGAACUGGAAACAGAAAUUCAGACGUCUUUGUCAUGACGGAACGUGGAAUCAUGAAGGGGAACUCGAUCCAUCGACGCCCACCUGACGAUCAGUUCAAACAUGAUCAGUUUGACUCGCUACGUGGCCUUCUUUGGAGGUUGCAAGAACGAGAACAUGGUGGACUGAGGAUCGCCCUUCCCGAUGUUGCAGCGCCUCGUGAAAGGCCUGCAGUGCAAGAAGUGAUCCCAAGGAACCUCUAUGUCACCAAGAAUGACUUGGAAAAGCAUGGGCACACACCUUUGUGUCCUGGAUGUGAAGCAGCAAUACUUGAGAUGCCAAGCCGGGCUCACAAUGCUGAGUGCAGACAAAGAAUCCAGAUCGAACUUGACAAGACUCCAGAAGGUCAAGCAAGGAUCAAAAGAGCGAGAGAGAGAGUUGCACAAGGCAGGCGCCCAAGAGGCGCGGCUGCACCGCCUGAGGGUGGUGGGGCAGAAGGUGGUGAAGCUGCACCACCAGUUGUCCCAGGAGGGGAAGUUGAACAACCAGUCUUGCAAGACCGUGUUCCUUUGGAUGCGGAAAUGGAUGCAAGUGAGGCUGUUGGUGAACCACUGGUCGACACCGAUUUUCGUGGAGAACUCAGACAGAGAGAACAAGAAAGAGAAGGAAGCCCAAAGAGGCAGAAACAAGAACAAUCCCGAGGAGAGAAAAGGAGUUCACAAGUCGACGUUGAAGAUCUUUACAAUGAAUCUUCAGCUCAGGCUUCAGGGUCAGCCGGACCACCGGCACCGGAUGCUUCAUCUGGUGUUCCGGAAGGUGCUGCCGCUGCACCAACAAGUCCUGAGACAAACCAGGAGAUGCUACAUCUGUGUUCCUUGCUCAAAGAUGUGAUCGCAAAAGGGAAGGUUGCUGAGAUCUUCUCUCCACCGCGUGUGGCUGCACAAGCCCAAGUGGUCGGGCUAGCACCUGGCUUCUCGAUUGACUUGGAGACAAAGCGUGGUGAUGGAACUCACUGGGACUUGAGUAAAGAUGAACACAUUCGUGAUCUGUUUCAACUGCUUGACUAUGAGAAACCAGAGUUCCUCGGCGGCUCACCUCCCUGUGGGCCAUUCUCGAAGCUGCAAAGCAUUGUGGAUGCGAAGGGCAAUGUUUCACCUGAAGUUCGAGCGCAGAGACUAAAAGAUGGUCGCAAACAUCUGCGCACGGCAGUUUCAGCGUAUGAGCAUCAAAUGAAUGCUGGAAGGUACUUCUACCAUGAGCACCCUAAAGGGGCCGCUUCGUGGGAAGAGAGAGCUGUGAAGAGACUGAGGGCAGAUGAACGGGUGUAUGAAGAGGAGUUUUGGAAGCAGCUGCCCGACAGCGAUGACACCAUCGUGGAGCCAGUGCUUGACGCACACUCCGGUGCUGUCUUGGAUGUUGACAAGGUCAGAGCCUCGAGCACUCUUCAGAGCACGAUCAGCUUGAGUUCCGGUGAAGCGGAAUACUACUCGAUCGUUCGAGGAGUUUCCAUCGGAAUGUCGCUACAGGAGAUCUUGCGAGGAGGGGUGACGGGAUAUAGGGUUCUCACUAGUUGCUACGCCAACCUUUGGCUCAAGAACACCGCAUUGAUUCGCCUCUACACAUCAGGCUACCGCAUCACCCUUUUGGGCCAUUCUUUGGGUGCGGGUGUGGGUGCCUUGCUGACACUCAUCUUGCGGCCGCACAUCUCCAGCCUGUGUUGCUACGGCUUUGGAACCCCUGCCUGCGUGGACGAAAACCUCAUGCCCCAGUUGUUGAACU